AUGGGUUCUUAUCAUAUCAGAACGACGGAGUACUCAAGUGUCAGUAACAUGGCGUCGCAUAAGAUACAUGUAUGCGGGCAGCCCGCAUGCAGGGGAGCCUGGUUCCAUGUGAGAUGA